AGAGAGAGAGAGAGAGAGAGCUUAUGGAAAAUGUACCUGUCCGUGUAGGUGUCCACUAUAAUCUAAGUGAGACGCUGGACAGCUUUUGUAUAGGCUACUAGACAUUUGGACAUUUGGACAUCACGGUGGCGUUAAAAGGAGCCGGUAAAAAGCGGCUCUAUAGUGAUCAGCGCUGUUUCUCCCGUUCAGUGAGGAGCAGAAGCUCAGCCAGUAGUCAGAAUGGGAAACCGGGAGAUGGAGGAUUUGAUUCCGCUGGUUAACCGAAUGCAGGAUGCGUUUUCUGCGAUCGGACAGAAUGCCGACCUGGACCUUCCCCAGAUCGCUGUGGUUGGCGGUCAGAGCGCAGGGAAAAGCUCCGUACUGGAGAACUUCGUGGGGAAGGAUUUUUUGCCUCGAGGCUCUGGCAUCGUGACUCGUCGCCCCCUGGUGUUGCAGCUGAUCAACUGUCCAACAGAAUAUGCCGAGUUUCUCCACUGCAAAGGCAAAAAGUUCACUGAUUUUGAGGAAGUGCGUCAAGAGAUCGAAGCAGAAACAGACCGGCUCACUGGACAGAACAAAGGCAUCUCUUCAGUACCCAUCAACCUGAGAGUCUACUCCCCUCACGUCCUGAAUCUGACUCUGGUGGACUUGCCUGGAAUGACCAAAGUGCCGGUGGGCGAUCAGCCAGCUGAUAUUGAGUUCCAGAUCAGGGAAAUGCUCAUGCAGUUUGUUACAAAGGAGAACUGUUUACUGCUGGCCGUCUCUCCUGCCAACUCAGACCUUGCCAACUCUGAUGCUCUCAAGAUUGCCAAGGAAGUUGACCCUCAAGGUGUGAGAACAAUUGGUGUGAUCACUAAACUGGACCUGAUGGAUGAGGGUACGGAUGCACGUGAUAUCUUGGAGAACAAGCUCCUUCCUUUGCGUAGAGGCUACGUCGGAGUCGUGAACCGCAGUCAAAAAGAUAUUGAUGGAAAAAAGGACAUUACUGCUGCCAUGACCGCUGAGAGGAAGUUCUUCCUCAGCCACCCUUCCUAUCGUCACCUGGCUGAGCGCAUGGGGACGCCUUACCUGCAGAAAGUCCUCAAUCAGCAACUCACCAAUCACAUUAGAGACACCCUGCCAGGGCUGAGGAACAAGCUGCAAAGCCAGUUGCUGUCCAUUGAGAAGGAAGUGGAAGAGUACAAGAACUUCCGCCCAGAUGAUCCCUCUCGCAAGACCAAGGCCCUUCUUCAAAUGGUUCAGCAGUUUGCAGUGGAUUUUGAGAAGUGUAUCGAGGGAUCUGGUGAUCAGAUCGACACUUAUGAGCUGUCCGGUGGAGCCAGGAUCAACCGUAUCUUUCAUGAGCGUUUUCCCUUUGAAUUGGUCAAGAUGGAAUUUGAUGAGAAAGAGUUGCGUAAGGAGAUCAGCUAUGCUAUUAAAAACAUCCAUGGUAUCAGGACUGGUCUCUUCACCCCUGAUAUGGCCUUUGAGACGAUCGUGAAGAGACAGAUAGCUAAGAUCAAAGAGCCAUGUCAUAAAUGUGUGGAUAUGGUCAUCUCUGAGCUGGUCAACACAGUCAGACAGUGCACUAAGAAGCUGGCUCAGUACCCGAUGUUGAGGGAAGAAAUGGAGAGGAUUGUCACACAGCAUAUCCGUGACAGAGACAGUCGCACCAAGGACCAGGUGAUGCUACUGAUUGACAUUGAGCUGGCCUACAUGAACACCAACCAUGAAGAUUUCAUUGGUUUUGCUAAUGCCCAACAGAGAAGCAGUCAGAUGAGUAAAAAGAAGACUACAGGGAAUCAGGUGAUCAGAAAGGGCUGGCUAACCAUCAAUAACAUUGGCAUCAUGAAGGGAGGAGCGAAGGAGUACUGGUUUGUGCUGACUGCUGAGACACUGUCCUGGUACAAAGAUGAUGAGGAGAAAGAGAAGAAAUACAUGCUGCCUGUGGAUAACCUGAAGCUCCGAGACAUUGAGAAAAGCUUCAUGUCCAGCAAACACAUCUUUGCCCUCUUCAACACUGAACAAAGGAAUGUGUAUAAGGAUUACAGGCAGCUAGAAUUAGCGUGUGAGACACAAGAAGAGGUGGACAGCUGGAAGGCUUCCUUCCUGCGUGCUGGUGUUUACCCAGAACGCAUUGUGGACAAAGAGAAGAGUGAAAGCAGUGAGGAGAGCAGCUCAGACAGUUUCAUGCACUCCAUGGACCCUCAGCUGGAGAGACAGGUGGAGACCAUCCGCAACCUGGUAGACUCCUAUAUGGCUAUCGUCAACAAGACUGUGCGCGAUCUGAUGCCCAAGACCAUCAUGCAUCUUAUGAUCAACAAUACUAAAGAGUUCAUCCAUGCUGACUUGCUGGCCCACCUCUAUUCAUGUGGAGACCAGAACAGUCUGAUGGAGGAAUCGGCCGAACAGGCGCAGCACAGGGAUGAGAUGCUGCGCAUGUACCAUGCACUCAAAGAAGCCCUAAGCAUUAUUGGAGACAUCAGUACUACCACAGUGUCCACUGCCAUGCCACCACCAGUGGACGACUCCUGGCUACAGGUGCAGGGAGGACCCUCAGGACGAAGAUCCCCCAUGUCCAGCCCCACACCUCAGCGUCGAGCUCCUCCUGGACCCCCUCGCCCUGGGGCUCGUGCUGCUCCUGGGCCACCUGCUGCCGGAGCUCCACCUGUCCCCUCCAGACCUGGAGCCUCCCCAGACCCCCACGGUGGCACACCACCCCAAGUGCCCUCACGCCCCAAUCGUGCUCCUCCAGGAGUUCCCAGUCGACGUGUGCCAACAUCACCAACAAGACCCCACAGAUCCACAGAUUUCCUUACAGACUAUUAACCCUGGAUCCUGC